GGUACCAACAACAAUCUCGUGAAUCCGAAUGCCGGCUCAAUUAAUCAACCCCUAUUACGUAUUACACCCGCUAAUACGACAAACUUCUUUGACUCAGAUCAACAUAUGCUUCCGUGUCCCGGAAACUAUGCCAAUACCACAUCCAUAAAGUGCCCGCCGCCGUCCAAUGAAACUUUACCACUAGUAAGAUGUAUAAGUGAUCGGGUAGAUGGAAUCCAAAUGAAAUCCAUCGAUCGAUUGGAGAUUAAUUUUCGUGAGAAUUUGAAGUCAUCCAGAAAUGUUUCUCACAUGAACACGUUCUUCGGAGACUGGCUAGCGUUCGACAUUUCUUCUCCUCGAGAAUCAUUGGAUCUAUACCGUUAUGCUAUUAUGAUUCCAAGCGACGACUCCACUUACCUCUCUUACGGUACAGAAUCCAUUACUGUCGUAAAUAAGUCUUACUUACCAAUGAAUCGAACAUGGUACAGCAACAACACGUCAGAAUCGAAAACACUCAAUGAAGUCACGUCUUUCCUCGAUGCGUCGGCGAUUUAUGGGUUCAGCGAACAAAGAUUAAAUUCCGUACUCCGAGAUCCCAGUGAUAGGUGUAUGAUGUUGAUGAAUUAUUCGUCAAGUUAUGCUGGGGAUCUUGCUGAUGCCAAGUUUGGAUAUCUUCCAUUGGAUUCAAAUGGAGAAUAUAUUGUCGGCUAUCAACCAUUGCGUGGGGUAAAUGCAUUCACAAACUUCUAUCAGGUGAUUUUUAUGAGAGAACACAAUCGUCGUUGUCGGGAUUUGAGGAGUUGGUACGGGAGUGCAUGGGAUGAUGACCAAUAUUUCCAGGAAUCCCGGAAGUGGGUUAUCGCGCUAUUGCAGAAGGUCGUAUUUUUGGAGUAUUUACCAACAAUAUUGGGUAGACCAUUGGAUACCUAUAAUAACAGUUACGAUCCAAAUUUAACGCCUGGCAUUGACACAUUCUUCUCUUCCGCCACCUUUCGAUACGGACAUUCUGAAGUCAGUGAUUAUUACACAAUAAUUGAUGAGUUCGGUGGAAGUGGUUUACAGCUACACCUUUAUGAUGUUCUUGUCACUGGGACGCUGGAAAUGUACGGCGUCCCAAGAAUCGCCGCAAGUUUGUCGCUUCAAAGGCAAGAGGAACUUGAUAUAUUUUAUGCCGACUUCAUGAGAGCUCAUCGCCCCGAUCCCUCGAGUGUACACGAUAUUGCGAGUAUCGAUCAUUUUCGUGGCAGAGAUCAAGGUCUACCAUCGUACAACCAAGUCAGACAAAAUUACGGAUUCCUCAAAGCAAAUGACUGGUCGGAUAUUACCAAUAAUACCGAUGUCCAAAUGCGCUUGAUGUCGACUUACGCAAAUGUCAAUCAAUUGGAAGCUUUCGUGGGAGGUCUUGCCGAAGAUCACGUGAUCGAAUCGAGCUUCGGUCCCUUGUUUCUUAAGAGCAUGAUAAGCCAAUGGUCACGAAUUCGUAAUUCAGACAGAUUUUACUAUCAGAACUCGGAUGCCGGAUUCAAUGAUUCCGAAAUUCUCGAGAUAAAUCGCACUUCCUGGCGAGACAUAAUAAUCAGGAAUACGCCCGCUAACACACCAUUCUUUGUCCCUCAAAAUCCAUGGAUCGUUCAACCACGUGCUGCGUUAGACAAUUUGACCGUCGAUGGAGACGGUUACUCAAGAUAUAAUGUGUUUCCUUGUUCUGAUGGAAUGUACAAUAUUCAGUGGAAGCUCACCAUGCCAACAAUCACAUUUAAACUCACCAUUCAAGCUUCCCAGGCAUGGUUUGGAAUCGGAUUCAGUAAUGGCGGUGGGAUGGUGGGAGCUGAUUUUAUAAUUGCUCGGACUACUGAUCCAACCAUUGAGGUGGCGAAUUAUAGGUCUGUUGGAAAUCAAAUACCGGUAAAAGAUGAUGCGCAGAUCGUUACUGUUUUAUCGUCAACGAUUGUUAAUGGAGUUUCGCAAGUUGAGUUCUCGUAUCCAUUAAACGCACCGAACAAGCAGCCUAUUACGGACACGAUGAAAAUAUUAAUUUGUGCUUGGAAACCUGGGACAAACGUUUUGUCGCCUCACAUCAGUAACUGGAAUAGAAGAAAUGUAAACUUCUUUGCGACAGGUUUUUCUCAGGUGACCGUAAAUAAGUACAGGCAAUCAUUGUUGGUGCACGGAAUUGCCAUGGUCGUGAUCUGGAGUGUUAUCUUCCCAGCAUCGAUCUACAUCGUUCGAUACAUGAAGCACAGUUAUGAAUACAAAAGUCAACACAAGAAUCUUCAAAUGAUAGGUGGCGUUUCAGUUUUUGUUUUUGGCGCAGUUGGCAUGUCCGUAGCCGACCCGACUAAUCCAACACCACAUCACACAUACGGAAUAGUGAUAUACUCCUUGGUUUUUGUUCAACUCGGUUUGGGACUAUUGACCACGUGGUGCUUAGCCUCGGUAGAAUCCGUGAAUCGUGGUUUAUGUAGUUUUAUCAAGAAAAUUCACCUCCUUUUUGGGUUUGCCCUGAUGAGUGUUUCCGGCUAUAAUAUCUACCUGGGAAUCGAGUUAUUCGGUGAGGAUCCAAAUUAUACAUGGCGACGUAUUUAUUUGGGAUGGUUAGGGUUUAUCUUGAUAAUAUUCUUAAUUUCUGAGAUACGACACAAUAUUUCUGGUUACAAAUUCAUUCGACCCUCAAGCGAGGCCGGAAACUCGAAUCAAUGCAUACGCUCUUAUAUUCAUGAUGCCGUGUUUGAAAAACUUUUGAUCCUUGGUUGGGAUGACAUUAACAAAAGAGUCGCGGGUGGUGCUUCUCUUGUUGUUGCGGAGGGGUUGGUGUUCGACAUUCGAAAAUGGAUUGAUGUUCAUCCCGGUGGUGCCAAAACUCUCCAGAGGGUCAUUGGUACAGACAUUACAAAUGACUUUUAUUUCAAAGAGGAUAAAGGUAGUAGUAGAUUGGCGAUCGAUGAUUUCCAACAAAAUAUCAUUCUAGGAUUUGACUCUGUCAACCAAUAUGAACACAAAGACGAUGAGGUAGCUUUGACACAAAUUAAUAAAAAAUCUGAAAGGAUUCCCAAACAAGAAAAAGAAAAAUCACUCCUCUCGAAUACCUCGAUUUCAAUGGCGAAUGUAGCUGACAGACUUAACGCUAAUACGUUUAAGGAGGCAUCACGACUCGCUAUGCACAGUCAUUCCAAAUUUGCUACUGAAAAACUUGCGAGCAUG